AGUCGAUUAGUCAUUUAGAAAUAGUAGGCGUCGAAGUGCACUAGAACUCGGCAAAUCUGAAACAACUCGAGAUGCAGUAGUAGGCGGUGACGCGAUCAUUCUAGUCUCGAGCGAUGUGACUCAUCCAAGUGUGCCGAUUUGAUCACCUGCGUUCAGUGAUUUCAGUCAAAGCCUACCAUGAUUAGGAGGAUGAAGAGAAACCGAGUGGUGCUGUACGCGACAAUUGCGGUGCUUUGCCUACUUUUGGGCGUUAGUUUCAUAGUUCACACGCAGUGUCUUAGGCCGUCAAUCAGUUAUUAUCAAAUCUUGCGGGAAAACAUCGCAAAAACUAGUCUGAUGGAACCCCGCACGAAAACCAUCCUACUCUACACCAACUUUUUCGACGUCAAAAAUUGGAAACUCUCGGCGGAAACCGUCGGUCCGGACUACUUCCGCUCCCUCAACUGCCCGGUCACGGACUGCGUCCUCACCAACAACCGGCACCACCUGGACUCGAUGACCGACUACGACGCGCUCGUGUUCCACAUCGCCGAACCAUGGGCGUACUCACUGUUCGAAAAGGUCCCCUCCCUUCGAACCCCGUCCCAGAUUUACGUGGCCGCCAACAUGGAGUCGCCGGCGCACACCAAGCACCUGCUGGAAGGGGACGCCAACUUCUUCAACUGGACCAUGACCUACCGGCUGGACUCGGACGUCGUCUGGAACUACAACAACGUGGUCGAGCUGGACGCCGAUGAUCGCGCGUUUGUGGGCCCGUCCCAGCGGCCACAGUGGCGCCGCGGUGCGGACGACUAUCGAAACGAGACGCUGGAGGAGCUGGCGCGGCGCAAGGACAAGAUGGCGGCCCAGUUUGUGUCGCACUGUGAAACCUUUUCCGGUCGGGAUCGGCUGGUUCAGGAGAUUCAGCGGCUGAUGCCGGUCGAUGUGUACGGGAAGUGCGGAACCAUGGAUUACUACCAAAUCGUGGACGCCAAACUCGCAAACAACACAACAACCAAGUUCAUCCUCACCUACACCAACUUCUUCGGCAGCAACAACUGGGACCUCAAAGCGGAAACCGUCGGUCCGGACUACUUCCGCUCCAUCAACUGCCCGGUUACGGAUUGCAUAGUCACAAACCGCCAAGAUCUCCUACCCUCGAUCGCACACUUUGACGCGCUGGUCUUCCACGCCGCCGAGCGGUGGUCCCAACCGAUCCCGACGAUUCGGUCGCCAUCUCAGCUGUACGUGGCGGCCAUUUUGGAAUCGCCGGCGCACACCAAGCAUGCGCUGGAAAGGGAGGCCGGCUUUUUCAACUGGACCAUGACGUACCGAACCGAUUCGGACGUGCUGUGGAGUUAUGCGAGGGUUGUUGAGGACGGUGGCGAUCAGAGGGUGGUUGCUCCGGCGGAGCGGGUGCACUGGGUGCAGAACGGGUUUCGGAAUUACUCGAGUCAAGUGUUGCUUGGAUUGGUGGGGAAGAAAACAAAGAUGGCGGCGCAGUUUGUGUCGCAUUGUGGGUCCAUUUCGAGGAGGGAUCGAUUGGUGAAACAAGUUCAAAAGUUUAUUCAAGUUGACGUGUUUGGAAGCUGCGGGACGAUGGAAUGCCCCCGCGGAUCUCCCCGCUGCUCCCGCAUGCUCACCGACGAGUACCGGUUCUACUUCGCCUUCGAGAACUCCCUGUGCCGGGAUUACGUGACCGAAAAGAUGUACAACGCCAUGGAUAACUACAUCAUCCCUGUUGUGUUUGGCGGCGUGGACUACUCCAAGUUUGUCCCACCCCAUUCGGUGAUUGACGUUCAGCAGUUUGGCACGGUGGAGGAGUUGGUGGACUAUUUGAAAUUUUUGGCGGACAACCCGGAAGAGUACGUGAAGUACUUUUGGUGGAAGGAACACUAUCGGAUCACGGGGAGUCAACCGUUCUGUGAGUUGUGCCGGAAGUUGCACGAUAUUGGGACGCGGGAAAAGUCCCAGCACUAUAGGGACAUUAAGGCGUGGUGGUUUGACGGUGCGUGUCAAGCUAGGGCGAAAAUUGAGUUUUAAGAAGUGUGAUUUUUUG